UCCGCGUGCGUCCGCCUCCCCCGCACGCAACGGCUGGCUAGCCUUGGGAACAUCGACAGAAAGAGCACGACGACAUGUCCUGGACAUUUAAGAGCACAGACUCGUUCCACCCAACGCUCUCCCUAGCGCUCGGAUCUGGCCCCACCGAUGCGCCUGUGCCGUCGUACUGCCAGCCGUACAUCCUCGUCCGGCUGCCGCCCGCCGUCUUUAUAGACCCCCACACCUUCCCAGCCCACUCGGCGCUCACCUUUCUCAACUCGUCGCUCGUCGACUUUCGAGCCGUCGACUUUUCCCGCGUCGAGCUCGAGGCGGCCGUGGGAUGGAGCGACCCCCGCGGCGACGUGCGGCGGCGCCGGGGGUCCGCUUCUUCAGCAGCCGGCAACGGUGGGGCAGUCCGGCGUGUGGGUGACAAGCCAGGCAAGAGGCGCGCAGUCAAGAAGCCGGGCAAAGACACCUUUGUCGUCGUGGGGCAGGAAGAUGAGGAAGACGAGAUGGGUGGAGGGCAGCGCAGGCUCAGAGCCACGAGCGAGUCGAAGCGAUCAGACGCGCGCGCGCCGUUGGCUCGCGAGCGCACGGCCGUCCUCCUGGCCCUCGACCGGGAUUUCGACCGUAGGGGUCAAGACCAGAACAACAAAGACGAGAGCGACGAGGGUGAUGACGAAGGCGAUGACGAGGAAGCUCUGACAGGAGUGAAACGUUCGUCGUCGCCCACAAGCAGCAGCAGCAGCAGCAAGGAAAAGACGACCAUCGACAUUCCCCUGCAUGUACGCUACUUGCCCCCGCGCCACGCUUCCACCCCACCAAGCCCAUCCGAGAUCCUCGACCGGAUCCUGCACCCGUCGACGUCUGGCCUCUACGACGACGUCACCCUUUCCCUGCCCGACGUCCUCCUCGCCUGCACCUACUCGCCCGCCUCGACCCUGAGCCCCUUUGAAGCCGUCGAGCCCGACGAGCUCCUCCCACCGCCCCACUCGCACCUCACCCUGCCGCCCCACCUCGCCUCGCUCGAAUGGUUCCGCCACCGCCCGGCGCCCCAGACAAGCUCGAGGCUCACCCUGACGCUGCCUCAGGGCGAUGCAUCCCUCGCAGGCUCUGUCCAGCAGCUCACGCUCGCCCUCUUUGUCGUCGUCGCUCUCUACAUUGCCGUCUCGCUGCGCUCGACGCUGAACCGUGUGCGCCAAACGCAAGCGCAGUGGGAAAAGGUCAUGUUGGGCAAGACAAAGUAGUCACCCGCUCUCUCCCGUCUUCAAUCAUAAUGCAUCAUGCGCUCUUCUCUCUUUCUGUUACUCAAUCUUUUCCUUGAGUCACAGUCACACUAACCUGCCUACCCAAAGGCAAAAGGAACUGAGACUGAGAAAGAGUCACUCCUGUAUUAACAUUAAUCGCGUUUCUCAUCAUUGGCCUCUCUUGCCACUCUAUAGACUAACAUCGCCCUGCCUGUCCCUGCUCUCAUCGCCAUCUGCCGAGAGGGCAUCAAGCACGCUGACGUCGACUGGGUCGUAGUCUGGCGGUCUCCUCGGAUCGUAGUAGCCUCCCCUGACUGCUCCUGCCCCCACUGCUCCUCCUCCUCCACCUGCCCUCUUGUUGCCCGCCGAGCCUGAAGAGACGAUCCUGCUCGCGCGCGGGAGACCCGAGACGAACCUGCUGCUGCCACCACCGCCAGCGGGUCCCGCGGCCGAA